AAACAAAAAAUUAUGUAAUUUUAAAAAUUGUGAAAUUCUUAAUUCUUACAAAUUUCAUGUGGUCAGCACAAUAGCAUUAUCAGCAGAACUGAUUUGUCGAUAUGGCAGGUCAGUACCAGUAAAUCCAGGAGUCAUGUGCAAGGUUCUCGUGGUACAUGAUACACGUGACAAAACUCUUAUAAAAGGACCGUGCUCAGUCAAGUGAUUUAAGUUGGACACAAGCACCAGAAUGAUGAAGGCGGUAGUAGUGUUCUGUUUGAUCGGUCUCGCCGUGUGCCAGGAAGGUAACAUUGUACAGGUUGCACAGAAGCUUGGUGCAACGACUCUGUUGCAGUUCGCCACGGAGGCUGGUCUAGCUGACACUCUGGCUAAUGGAGGUCCCUUCACCGUCUUCGCUCCAACAAAUGAGGCUUUUGCUAAACUACCACCAAAAGUUGUAGAAUAUUUAAAGAAAAAUAAGGAAGCCCUUGAAAUGGUGCUGAAAUAUCAUGUUCUAAGUGGAAAGACAUACUCAAGUCAGCUCAAGAACGAACUGGAUGUGCCAACACUGGAUCCCAAACUAAAAUGUAGAAUCAACAUAUACCAAAACGGCAAGGUGAUCACAGCAGACGGCAGCCCUGUAGUCAUGGCUGAUCAGAACGCAACUAACGGCGUCAUCCAUGUCAUUAGUCGCGUGGAGUUCCCCAUCCCAUUGGCAGAUGUCGUCAAGACAGCACAGAAAGAUAACGAGCUGGGGACACUAGUGAAAGCUGUGGUGGCAGCAGGACUUGUUGAUACUCUUUCAGGCCCCGGUCCAUUUACCGUGUUUGCACCAACAGACAAAGCCUUUGCGAAACUUCCCCCAGGAACACUAGACAACCUUCUGAAGAACAAAACAGCACUUACAGACGUACUAACAUACCAUGUAGUAAGCGGAACCUACUUCAGUGCAGGACUUACUUCCGGUGCCGUCCCAACUGUAGAGGGUAAAAGCGUCAACAUAGUAGUAGGACAAGGAGGUGUUAAAGUGAAUGAUGCCACCGUAGAACGCCCGGAUGAAGCUGUAACUAACGGCGUGAUCCACAUCAUCGAUACAGUUCUAAUUCCUCCAAAAUACCAGAAAAUCUCGUCUGGAUAUAGAUUCCGCCCAUUCAGAGUGUAGAUAGAAUUAUUUUUUUCUAAUGUUUGCUCAUUUUGUAAAUAUAUAUUCACUUCAUAAAUAAACAUAUAUUAAUGAAA